AUGGCUCCUAGUAAGCAGUCGCAUGUCAUGGAGGAGUCCUGGCCCACUGAAGAGGAGGAGCGACAGUCGUCGUCCUCGUCAUAUUUACGCAAGAUGAAGAGAAUUCGGUACAGGCCAGCGAGGUCCCGAUGGGGUGUCCAUCGUGGAGAGCAAAUUCGAAGCGGCACUCAGCCGGCGGAGAAGAUUGUUGCGGAACAGAUGGAGUCAGCAUUCCGUCUGGGGAGAUUCCAGAGGAAGCAUCACAGCAACGAGUUGAAGAGGUUCCCCUUACUCCAUACGGUAGAGGGCAACAAAAGCAAAUAA